UCAUAACAUUUUUUUUGGUUGUUUUGUAAUGAGUAGUUGCAUUAAACUUGAAGUUCAAACAGAAGAUCAAACUCCCCAGAAAUGGUGCAUUUCAUUAGCCGAAGACGUGUUCAAGAGGUUUCUCUCCCAGGGAAGUCCAACAGUGCAUAAGGUAUUUGGAGAAGGAUCAUUAUUUAGUCCCCUGUUGUUUGGAAAAUACUUUGAUCCGUCCGAUGCCUUUCCUCUCUGGGAUUUUGAAUCAGAUAGCCUGUUAUCUAAUCUAAGGAACGCUGGCAAGAGCAUAGUUGAUUGGUUUCAGACAGACCAGGCUUACGUACUUAAAGCAGAACUACCAGCAGGAGUAGGGAAAACUAAUGUUCAAAUCCAUGUCGACAAUGGGAAAAUUCUGGAAAUUAGUGGACAACUAAAGCAGCAAAGAGAAUCCAAGGAAAAGGAUUGGAGAAGCUGCAAUUGGUGGGAAUAUGGAUAUGUAAGGAGGCUUGAGCUGCCAGAAGAUGCAUAUUGGAGAAGAAUAGAGGCAUACCUGAGCAACGACGUGGUUCUAGAGAUUAGAAUUCCCAGAAAUCCUUUGCACAGUGAUACUCCUGAAGAUGCAGUUGGCAAAAAUUCAGAAUGAAUGUGAAACAAAUGACACAAACUGCUAAGAACACGAUAAUCUUGACAUAAUGAAAACUUCUACUAUGUGAGUGCAAGACAUAGACCAUGUAUGAUUGUGUGUAGAGUCAUAUAAACAUUUGGUAUCAGAUUAUCAGAUAGCAGAUAUAGGCCCCACUGCUUAUCUGAAAUGAGUUGCAGAGAAGAAGGAUCAGAUACUUUUAAAGUAAAAAAUUCUUAAUCAAACAACAAACCAACAAUUAAGAAUUGGUAUCAUUCAAUUCUCCAAGACAUAAGUUUUAAACCCUUGGCCUCCUGUUCAUUUAUAGGUAAGACUAGAGCUCAAUAUGAGAGGAAACAGCCCACAAGGGCUGCAGAUAAGCUGUCUGAAACCAUUGAGGACUACUUCAUGAGCAUCACCAACCACCUAAAAGGAUGCUAUUUUAAUAAUUCACAGAAAUUCUAAGAAUUAAGUCAGAACUAGGCCAAGAAUGAAAUAUGCAGCAAUGUUAUUGGGACCUUUCCAAAACAGGAUGUGAACCAGGCCAGACCUCAGCAUGCAAUUUAUAACCAAUUGAAAACAAAAUUUCCUUUAUAUCACUGCAUUUUUUAAACCAAACAUUAUCAUUUAAAGAGCUAAUUGAAACCAAAAAAGUAGCAGUGCUAACCAGCACUUGGUCGAGUAGUUGUUUGUGUGCCUUGUCUUGAAGCACUGAAGUCGAUGAAUGAAAAGGACAAUAAGGAGGAUUACUGUCAUAAAUGGGCGAAGAGAGAAAUAAGGGUAGGUAGUUAAAAGAAUUGGUUCUACUUAGUUCGUUAGCAGAAUUGAUUGCACCUUCUUUAAUAUUACCAAAAAACAAUCAAUUGAAGCACCAGACAGAAGAAUCUAGUAUGAACAGUGGGAGCUACUCUUUCAAUCUGCAGUCAAAAUUCUUGCCAUAACUAGCUGUCCAGUAAUUUUUAUCAUAAAGAUAACACUUUGUUCAUGUUCAAGGUGCAUCUUUCAGUCUAUCUUGGUGUUCAGUCCUUAUUUUUUAGCAUAAUUCCACCCCUAGACCUCUAGAGAGGGUGAGAGAGAGGGAAACUAAACAUGGGUAUCUUUGAUUAUGACACUUUGUAGAGA